AUGAAGCAGGUUCAUGCUUUGCUAAAAGGAGCUCCGAAAAAAGUACUUGCCAAUAUGAUUAUCACAGAUUACAUCCAAUCUUGGUUGGACUGGAUGGACAAACGUUUUGUAGCUCUCGUAGCUAGGAGCGUAAAGAAUUCGAACAAACAACGUGCCAAAAAGUGUUUUGAAUGGAUUGAAUCGCACUUCGAACAAGCCUUGCAUGCAGCUUAUGCUCAAUUCGUCAAUGCAAGUGAAAUGAACAAAGUGCUGGUGGAUAUUUCCGACCAUUUGAGUGAUGCUUUUAUACAAAUAAUUGAUGAAAAUUCCGACUGGACAAGAUCUUUGAAAAAGAUAUCAAGUGGCUUAAUUGGAAGUGUUGAACUUGAACCAUUGUCUGCAGCUGAUUGUUUUUUGAUCAUACGCUGUAAACAUUUCCAGGUAAUCAAUCUUUUUAUAUCCAGAGAUGGAAUUUGUCAAGAUCUCUAUGAAACCUUUCUUAGAUGUUCGAAAACGGUUAACGUCUGCGAAUUGGUAGCGUUUGAAAACAGAGACGUAGCUGAAGAUGCCCGAGGGCGGUCACGUCUUGACUGGGCUGUGGAGUUCACUCGACAGGGUGUAGAUAGUGAAUGGGGUGAAAACGAUUUCAAUAAAGCAUAUUGCAGCUGUGACACGUGUCCAGAACGACUAUGGUUGCCGGUGGCGGCGAGUACCACCACUUUAAUGGGCUCAUGUCGGUUCCCAUCUCGAGGACGGUUACUGGUGUUAACUUAUUUCUACACACCUAAUGGUGCAGCUAUUUGUAGACGUUCGGCUGUGCACUCACUUCUUCAGCUCGUCCAUGUAACACCACAAAAAAAAGUUUACAAUGAGCAAUCCACCAAUGUCAACGGUUGGAUUGCAAGUCGCACGGACGAGAAAUUUGUGAAAGUGCUCCUAGACCAAAUUAUUUCACGAUGAGAAGGCACAGUCAACAAGGAAUUUUUUGGAUGCGUACUUUGCUCACAACCCUUGUCAGAAAUAGGGUUCUGUAGAUCUUGUUCUCAGUGUUAAUUGUGUCAUUGUAGAAUUAUGUUGAACAUACUGAGUUUGUGCCUAUAUCGGGGUACUUUGAUCUGAUUAUGAUCAAGUAAAUAUUUACUUUGACCAAUCGGUGUGUUGUUAGACCUCACCUAAUGUACGAUUAACUCACAACUUCAGCAAAUA